AUGACUAGGGUCAACAACUCCCCUCAGCCGACACAAGCUAUCCUGUCUUCACCAGAGACUCAGUCCAGCUAUGAAGGAGAGCGUGUUUACUUUGAUGCAGAACCAAACAGGCAGCCUUUCCCUCUUUACAAUCAGGCAGACUACUACAGUCUUACUCGUAACCCUCGUGGUGUGUGUAUGGUCAUCAGCAAUGAGGUAUUUUUGGGAACUGGGCUGACAAGACAAAGAGGAGUUCAGGAGGACGCUCUGCACACAGUGUUCACCCGUCUUGGCUUCACAGUGGUGAUACACAAAGACUUGACUGCAGAGGCCAUGCAAAGAGAACUAAAAGCACUGGGUACAAGAAAUUUUAUGAAUGAUGAUGCCUUGGUGGUGUGCAUACUUUCCCACGGAGAAAAGGGAAUUGUCUUGGGGACUGAUGAGCAACAGGUCUCCCUGCAAGAACUAACACGGCCCUUCAAUAGUGGGCAAGCCCCCACAUUGGCAGAGAAGCCUAAACUGUUCUUUAUUGAAUUGUGUGAUGGGCAGGCCCACUUUGACCACUUUGUAUCUGGGCCUGGCACUGGCUCGUUACACCACUGUAACAGACAGAACAGCUUAGAGAAAGAUGCUGGUCAUAUUGACGAGACGGCGCCUUGGGACCUCUUGCUGAGCACCAUGCUAGACUGCAAGCCGUUUCAAAAUACUUCCACAGGCUCCAUCUACACCCAGGAGCUGUGCAGGCAGCUCACAAUUUCAGCAGAAAGCUCGGAGAACCACGAUAUCCUUACUGUUCUGACACGUGUGAACAGGGAGGUCAGCAAAGGAGAAUAUAUGAGCCACAAAAAAAUGCCAGAAUACAAAUGCACCCUCACCAAGAAGCUCGUCCUCAAAUUUGUGCAAGCUGACUGCAAUCAAGUGUGA